AUGCUUGACUUCGACCCAGACCUGAUGGCGCCUGGGGCUUAUAAUCUCGAGGGUACAUCUAUGGAAAGCUUGCCGUCUGAGCUCGAUGACCUGCUAUCUUUGUGGCCGGACCACGACGCUUCGGUCGACGCUUCGGUUAAUGCACCCAGCCGCUAUCACACCACCCCGGGAUCCUCUCAAGCGCCGACUUUAACGGUUCCCACCGUAUACUCUGCAUCCAGUGCAGGCGACUUGACCGGGCAGGGUCAGCACAAGCCUCACCAGGAUGAGCCACGAGUAAACUUCACGCGGCCUCAAACUGAUUCACUUUUGUUCUUCGGUUCUAUAUUCUCCAAUCCACCUCUUCCAUCGGAUUUAUCUCCAUCGGAUUUGCCCGUGAACCUCAACAGUAGCCACGAUGUGGACGCCGCGCAGCCAACCGUGCAGGACCCAAGCGUUGAGGAAAAAAUCUCUCCAUCUUCCGCUCCCGUUCGCCCCGAAUCAGACUUCCAGAGAAUCACCACUUCUGAUAAUGUGGAUGUCUCGAGCCAGGGAGCCCAGUCCACGGCGAGCGAUGAUCAUCUCCGAGAUGUUGAUAAUCUCCGAGAUGAAGUCAGGCGGGUUUUGGGACAAAGCCCUACCAGACAAAGAUUAUCUCAAGUACGACAGGGCUUGGGAGGCCUCUGUACGGACCUCGACAAGCUCCUUGAUGCCCAGCAGAGCGAGGAUGGCAUGCAAAUGGCGCCUCCACCACGCCAACCGUCGGCCAACAAGUCCAAAACCAAGCAUCACAGCCAGUCCCGAGUGAAAUACCGCUGUAUUAAGUGUGGAGUGCGAGCGGCGACAAAGGACUCCUUCAAGAGACAUGUCGAAUCAAAGCACCACCCGCGGUACGAUUACCAUUGUCACAUUGAUUCUUGUAAGGAGACUGUUGAGAACCCUCCACAUCGUCGUGACAAGCUUCUGCGCCAUUAUACUAGCGCACACGACCUGGAUGCGCCUCCUGAAAAUAUUAUCAAAAGAAAUAGGGCCUCGCAUCUUUGCCCACUUAGAUGUGCACUCUGUCGCCGAACCGUUCAGAAUUGGAAAGAUUUCUAUGGUUGCUUUGUAAAACACUGUGAAAUCAAGCUCGCGCCACCCAAGGCUUCUGCCCAUCGUGACAGUCAUGGUCAUAGGAAGAAACGCCAUCGAGAUGGCCCAGACAAAGGCAACUUCGGCAGCGGCGCAGACGACGCAGGGUUUUUAUCUCAAGUAGGAUACAGGCACUCUGAGGAGGUCAGCGGGGCGUCCAACCCACGGCCGUCUGGCUCUGGUGACAAUCAACAAGGGCGAUCUAAACAACAGGGCGGCUCCAGCCAACAGAGCAGCCAGCCUCAACUUGAUCUGCCACACUUGCAAGACCAGACAACCCCACGAGGGUCGAGGAACCAGUGCAAGUUUUGCCACCACGUUUUUGACACCUGCUCUUAUUGUUGCGAUAGCCCGUCGUCUACGCCAUGGUGUCAUGCCUGUCCUGAUUCACAGCGCGCGUUCGCAAUGCAGGCUGGUGACCACCACGCUGGCCAAGCGCGGGGGCAUUUGUCUCAACCCAUGGAAGUUGCUGACCAUUUUUGGGCAGACCAACAAGCUUUGAAUGAUGUGAGCUCAAGAAUACCCACGGUGGUUGCUGUCAACCCAUCGCUCUACGGGGCUAUACCGCAGGGAGCUCAGCAGCUGAACAUUCACCUGCUACAGCAUGCCCAGGCUCAUGGUCGGCUCUCUGGCACAGUCACACAGCAAGGACUUUUUGAAAGUGAUCAGUUCUGGACGGUUCGUGCACUGCAUGACGUUCAAGUUGCUGGCAUGUCUGAGCUUAAGAUUGAGCACUCCAUCUCUGACUCCAAGAAAAAAAAGGCCCAGAGCUCCAAUAUUUGGUCUGACUCUCUCCCCCCUCAGAGCGGCCCCGUCUCCUUGAACAACGUUAGUUUCUCUUCCAUGUGUCAUUGUCCUUGCCGCAUGAGGUCUCAAGGCGCAUACUUUACUCGAACUCGCGUGGAAAUUGCACCGGGAAGAAUGAUCGAGAUGGAUUUCAAGAUGGGCCCCGAAGCCCGCGGCUUGGGUCAUCCCCUGCGCACUCGCAUUCAGGUCGUUGUGAAGAUGCUAAGGCUCCGAUUUUCCGUCGCAAAACCGAUGACUGCCAAAAACCAGCAGGAGGCCCACUCCGUUCUCAAAGAGGCUCUUGAAGCCCCUCUGAAUUGCUCUGAAAGUAAAGCCAUCAACUGUGGUGAAUCGGUCAAAGUUGCCGAUCCAAACCACAUUGACUACGAGUCGGAUGCCGAAUCUGUCGCAGACUCCAUCUUCUCUAUGCGUUCGCGAGUUUCAUCUUGGAACGACGUCACCAUGUUUUCUCCCAGGCCCAGCUCCCCGGCCUUGAGCUCCUCGGGGAUACUGAAGUUGUCAGCUCCCGCGCGAUCUAGUUCGCCCCCCUGCCGAGACUCAGACGACACCAAUGACGACGAGCAAUUACUAAAAGUCGUGGAGCCCUUCGAGGAAGAGAAAGACCUUGAGCUCACAUUCGAUCUUGAUUUGCUGUCAUCGCUCAACAUGCUAGUGCCGGGCGGUAACCUUUCAUCUGGUUUAUCGGUUCAGGACCCGGACCGAAUCUUCGAGUUCUUUAUGAGAUACAUGCUCUUUGUCAUUUUCUCACUGGCACACGCGCGAGACUGCGACCCUACUCCCUAUUUGACCAAAAGAAGACCUCCUCAAUCAUGA